AUGGCGCCGCCCACGGCACUUCGGCCGGCAACCCGGAAGUCCUUCCCCGACGCCGGAAGUCCCGCCCUGGCCUUGCUCCCUCAGCGUCUUCCCCCACCCGGACGCCGAGGAGAGGAGUUGCUUCCGGUCCCUGGUGGGCGCCGGUGCUGCUCUGCGUUCGCUCCGGAGCGGUGUCCCAGGAGCACCGGAAGCUCGGGCUGCGGCCGCCCGGGGAGAGCGCCGGUCCGGCCGCGAGGCCCGUGCGGGGCCAUGAACGGGACCGCGAACCCGCUGCUGGAUCGCGAGGAGCAUUGCCUGCGCCUCGGAGAGAGCUUCGAAAAGCGCCCGCGGACCUCCUUCCACACCAUUCGCUAUGACUUCAAGCCCGCGUCAAUAGACACCUCCUGUGAAGGGGAGCUGCAGGUGGGCAAAGGCGAUGAGGUCACAAUUACGCUGCCACACAUCCCUGGCUCCACGCCACCCAUGACGGUGUUCAAGGGGAACAAGCGGCCUUACCAGAAAGACUGCGUGCUCAUCAUCAACCAUGACACUGGCGAAUACGUGCUGGAAAAGCUCAGCAGCAGCAUUCAGGUCAAGAAGACCAGAGCUGAGGGGAGCAGUAAAAUCCAGGCCCGAAUGGAACAGCAGCCCACCCGUCCCCCCCAGCCAUCGCAGCCAUCGCAGCCACCGCCACCGCCUCCACCACCCAUGCCGUUCAGAGCUCCAACAAAGCCUCCGGUGGCAUCUAAAACUUCUCCCUUGAAAGAUAACCCCUCCCCUGAGCCUCAGCUGGAUGACAUCAAAAGAGAGCUGAGGGCCGAGGUGGACAUCAUUGAACAGAUGAGCAGCAGCAGCGGGAGCGGCUCCUCAGACUCGGAGAGCAACUCGGGCAGUGACGACGACAGCUCGAGCAGCGGAGGCGAGGACAGCGGGCCCGCCUCUCCCCCGCAGCCAUACAACAGCAGGCCCGCCGUCGCCAACGGCACCAGCCGCCCACAAGGAAGCAGCCAGCUCAUGAACACCCUCAGAAAUGACUUGCAGCUGAGUGAGUCUGGCAGUGACAGCGAUGACUAGCUCCGGAUCUUUCGAAAUCUGCUUUCUGGUGCACAGCGAUGCUGCGAGACCGGGCUACUUUGGCGUGGAUUCCGUUGUCGAGAGGAAGCGGCGUGGAUCAGUGACUGCAGCAGGGGCUGGGGCUCUGGAGCGCCCAGAUGUUCAAGCCCUUCCCAUAGGGGUGAUGGGUGGUUUUCUUAUGUAAUUUGUGAACAAUCUCAUGUUUCAGAGUUUAAGUAGAUCUGUAGAAGAACUAACAGAAUUAUAUUUCUAUUUGGUUAACACUGUUUAUGAAAAACAGAUACCGCGUGCCCUGGUCCAGAUCACUCGAAGGCCGUGUCUUCACCAGACCAGUGAUUCAGUUUCCAUCCUGAGCAGCCGUCAGUCUGGCCAGGUGGUCUGCACCAGUGAGGUGAACGUCUUUGAGGAAUAGGAGAGGGAGGGAAGCCUCAAACUGCAUGACAGAAGUAUGUUAAAACCACUUUUAAAUUAUUGACACAAAGUGGUAAGGAAGUUUGGCGGGGCCCCGCCUGGCAAACCUGUGUAGACAAGGACUUGGGCUCGGGGUCCUGAGUGUCAGCCGGGGGGGACCCUGGAGAUCUGCUGGCUCAAGCCCCUCGUUUACAAACCAGGAAGAGGAAGCCCAUCACCUGCCCGCGUGCAGGCUUCUCACUGCUUCCUCCUUGGAUUUCAUUGAUUGAAAUCAGAUUCUUCACACUUGAGACUUUUAGAUGUACAUCAGAGCUUUUAUUGGAUUCCAAAAAACCCAAAAUGUUGGGCACUUGUAACUUGAGUUCCGAACCGGACAGUCCCUACAAACAUGAGGCUGGGCGAGCAGAUUAAACCAGCAGCCACUGCGCUAAUAAUGCAUCUGACUCCGUUAAAUUGAGGCUUUUCAUUCCACGGUGGGUCCAUGCUGAGUCCUUCUGUGGGGGUGCAUGGUGGGGGUGGGCAUGGAGGGAGUGUAGGCAAGCAGCCUCUGAACAAGUGAACCAGCAUUGCGGUUUCCAAACACCAGGGUCCAGACUCAGACAGGAGUGCUGCCGUGUGGAGCGAACUCAGCCUUUAAGGUCUUUCCAUUCAGGCUCCUGGGUAGUGUUCGUGCUCACUCCCAGCCUGACUUGUAUUUUUUUGUGUUUUUGGGUACAACUAAAAGUCACAAGAUGGCCAUCUUGUGUGCGGUUUCCAGCUGGCUCUGUGGUUGCAGGAAACUGGUCACGAGUCCCCGUUCCACGUGGAGUGGUACGUGACAAGCUGUCCUUAGUUAAUAUGUCGUAGUCCAUUUCUGCAAUUUGAAUGAAUGUGUCCUGAGAAAUUUCCACCCACUUGGAUUCAGUGAGCACCAAGACAUUGGUGAGGAUUCUCCUUCUCAGGUCCCUCCACCCGCCCCGUCCCCCCCGAGCUAGUGGAGGGAAGCAGCGUAAACCUGGAAGGGCGGUGGUCCGUGGUGGGGGGCCUUGGUUGGAGUUGCACCUUGCAGAGUUGACUGUCUCAUCCACAUAGUGACCCACAGCGAGGGCUGGAGGCGGGGCAAGAGCCACUGCCCGCACCACCGGAGGCACGUGUAGGAAAUAGCCAUGUGCUAGUCGCCCGUGGUGAGGUCUCAGCCCGUCCUGAGGGUUCAGUGGGUGCAGUGGCAGGUAGGAACUUACUUCUAGGGAGCUGAUACCUGCGUUGCAAUCCCUCUAAUGACAGCUCAGGGUAGGUGCCGUCGUGACUGGGAGACUUGAAUUAUAACUAGAUGUGGGAAUUGUUUCACUGCUCUUAACUUGCUCACCCUUGGGGGCAGGUUCCAGGAACUUGAACUAAAAAUAUCUAUGUACGCCUCUGCUGUCUCUGUCUCUCUCCCUGCCUCUCUUCUCCCAAAGCCUUGAUUUAUAUAUAGACGGAGCAGUGGUUUUCAGCACGAUGGGUCAAGCUGUUUGUUUCUAUAGGAAGUUCUUGCUGUGCCCCUGGGCUGGGGGAGUCCAGCUGUCUGAGACCUCUCCCAGUCACGUGUCCGACUGGCAGUGCUCGGUUGUUCUCCAGCAAGGCUCCAGUGUUGCUCUGCACAGAGCCGCCCACUCCCCACCUUUACCCACAGAGUAAGGAAUUUUUUCGUCCCGGGAGGCAAGAAUCUGGCCUCACAGCUUCUCACGAGGCCCCUCGUGCCGCCCAGCUAGGACUUGUUCUUCCUGCCACUGUGCCUUCCUGUCCGCCCAGUCCCCGCUCAUGAGACUCUCUGUAGCUGCCGUCUGUGCGGACGGUCCUGUCGGUGUCCGCCUGCACGGAGCCCUCUGUGUACACGCUGACCUUCCUCUUGUCUCACCCCUGGUUGGUACAAGCUCUUUAACAGCAAGGACUGUCGGUCUCAGCGCAUCCCCCGGGGUGUCCACAGGAGCAGGCAGGUGCUUAUAGCCUGGUGCGGGAGGAGAUGGAGAAACCUGACUGGUGAGGUGCAGAGGACAAGCACUCGGAGAACGCUGAAAGAUGCGUGCUGAUCUUCCUGACUUGAAGUCAGGAUUGUUCAAAUUGCCUUUUUUGCUCUCUGCAUUGUCUGCUGGAGGGCGGGUCCUUUAGGUGAGGUGAAGAGACACAGCUGGGGGAAACGUAACACAGAUAGACUCGGGAUUUGUAAUAAUGCCACUCAUGAGCUAUUGUUGGCGCAUUUCUGUAGCAGAACCAUUGCUUUCUGUGUGUGAUGUUAGUGUGUCUGUGCUUCCGUGGUGGGAAAACUUGAAAGUUCCAAAAUGCUUACUUCCCUGCAUGAAAGGCUGGUUCAGCAGGGUGGGUGUGUGUGCGUGCGUGUGUGCGUGUGUGUGUGAGAAUGAUGUAUUUAUUACAUUAUUUUGAAAGAGAAUUUAGACUGUUAUGUGGAUGUAUAUUAGGUACAGCCAAAUUGGAUAUUUUCCAUUUGGCGAGGAAGGUAGGAUUUCUGACACUCAGGCCGUAACCAGUAGAUUGGAAGCGAAGACCAAUUGAAGCACUAGGAAAUGUGUGGUUUUGUUGCCCCUGUUUUUUCUGACUUAAGUUCAUUGUCUCAUUCUUUAAUGAUUUUUAAAAAUCUUGUGCCUAAAAGUUUAUUUUGCUUAAUUAUGAAGUAGACAUGCAUGUUUACAUUUAUGUAAAGUAUUUGCUGUGUAAAGUUUUUUUUUUUUUUUUGGUUUAUUCUCUUGAAAGAUCACUAUAUUUAAAUAAAAAAGGAGGUCAGCAAUGUA